CCAUUUUUUCUGAGUCUGUGAGUUACUGUCACAGAGAGCGGAGGCUGCCACUUAAUCAGUCGACCAACCAACUGUUCGACGAAAUGCUUCAAUGAAAUAUCAUAUUUUGACGAAGCCGCAUACGAUUAGAUGAGGUACGUAAAGCCUUUGAGCUUGUUCCAAGACUUGGUUAGGGGCAAUGCUCUCGAACGUGGGCGUUUGCUUGGUUUGGACGUCGGCGACAAGUACGUCGGCGUAGCUGUUUCAGACAUUCAUAACAAGAUUGCUUCACCUUUAAGCGUUCUGCUUCGGAAGAAAUCAACACUUGAUAUGAUGGCCGAUGAUUUUCAGAGUUUGAUCUCUGAACUUUCUCUGGAGGGCUUCAUUGUUGGAUACCCUUUCGACAGACAGAGACGCAGUCCUGAUGCUGUCCAAGUGAAGCUUUUCAUUGAUGACCUCUCUGCGACAAGAAAACUUGAAGGCUUAAAAUAUACGUAUUGGGAUGAGGGCUUUACAUCAAAGAAUGUGGAAUUACUCUUAAGGCCAUUGAAUUUGCAUCCAGUUACGUCCAAGACAAUUAUUGACAAGUUUGCUGCUGUUGGUAUACUCCAGGGGUACCUGGAUUAUGUUAAUAGGAAGCAGAAGUCUGUAACCGCUGAGGACUUUUAGUAAACUUUCUUAGUUGUUCAUGACACAGUGAUGACUGCACUAAAAAAAAUUGAAUUUGUGAGGUCCUAAAAUCAUCAGUCUUACAGGAAAGCAAACUCAGGUCUUAACUGAACUAUUGAAGCUGUGAUCAAACUUCUUGUGAAUGAAUUAUUUGGUGAAGGUAAUGGCGGUCUUGGGCGAUGACACCAGUUUUGUCCUUCCGGACUUUGUAUUGUACAACACUUUCUGUUAAUUAAUACAAAGGAACCUGAAUUGUGUACAUUGGUGUACCCGAUCUUGUAUUUUACAUUUUAGGUUCUUCUCAUACCUGACAAUUUAAAAUCUCUAUGACUUUGUAGGA